AUGUUACAAUUUCAAUAUAUGGCGCCAUGGAUCCCCACGUUCAAAUCGGCCACGGAGGCUGAAUUGGCGGCCAACGAGAACGAUCCUCCGUUCAUCACUUUUCAAUUUGCUACGGUAGAUUCUCAGGGAUUUCCUCAUGUCAGGACGCUUGUUUAUAGAGGAUUCUUAUUUGACGAUAGAAACAGCAACGUGAUUACGUGUGUGACAGACAAGAGAACCAAUAAAUACAAAGAAUUGUUGACGAACGAUAAGUUCGAAGCGGUAUUUUACUUCCCCAAGAUCAGAAAACAGUUCAGAUUCCGAGGUAUGGCAAGAAUCAUCGACAACACAUACAAGCCGGUCAUCGACUUGUCUAGUAUACAACCAAAGACCAUAAUACAGAACAACUACCAGAACUCUAGUGACAGCGACUCGGACGAAGAUGAUGAUGAAGAAGAACUCGAAAUAAAAGCGACUAACACAUCCUCGUCGCUUAAUUCGGGAUCCGAAAAUGAUUCAUCUUGCCAAGUGACCCCUAUUAGCCACAGUCUUCUCUCGCCGUCGCUUUUGUCACAAGUACAGAAGCAAAAAUCAUCAGAGAACAUUUCGUACACCAACUUGCAAGAUUUAUCCAGCAUUGACUACUACCCUCCUACCGAACAAGAAUGGGAAACUGAACACAAGCGCUUGUGGUUCAACUUAAGUAAACCCUUGAAGAAAUCGUUUAGGAAGCCGACACCUACAACACCUAUAAACAACGAAAACCAGAAGUUAAUAGAUUCUAUAAAUAGGGGAGUCGAUGGUAAGAAGGACGAGGACGGCUUGAAGAAUUUCGCAGUCGUUGGCCUUUUUAUAGAUUACGUGGAUUUAUAUGAGCUUGACAAGGAUAGACGGUACAUUUAUGCUAAAGAUUCUACUCAGCUGUGGAGUGAAGCCGAGGUUUGUCCUUAA